AUGCUUGAUACUGCUUCUUCAGGAUUAACAUUUAAUGAAAAGAUCAUUUUAGAAGAAACACAAAUUAUUGCCGAUCAAAUAGCUCAAGGCGGACUUUACUGCCAUGAAUUUGCAGAUUAUAAGGCACUAGCUCUUGCAGCAGAAUUAAAUAGUAUGGAUUCCCUUGUAGAUUUCGAAUUUGAUGACUUAGAUAAACCGAUAGAAGAAUUAAUUAAAAAAUUUGACUUCGCGUUCAUGGACAAUAAGUUUUACAUCCUAAAGUUUGAUUUCCAGAAGCCAUUGGAUAUUUCUAUUACUGUUGAAUCAAAGAAAACAAACCGACUCAAAGUGCCAGUUUUUCCACUCAGAGAUAUGUUUUCUAAGUUCCAACAGUCAGUGGAAGGGGAUAAAAUUGAUCAAAAAAGUCAACUCCCGUGGUAG